AUGUUUAAUCUACUAGAUUUAAUUUUUAAUAUUUUAACAACUUUUAUACCAUUAAUUUAUACAAUAAAAUCAUUAGAUAAAUCAAUUGAAUUUAAUAAAUAUUCAUAUCAAUUUUUAUUAAAUUAUUGGAUAUAUUAUAUAAGUUUAGAUUAUUUUUCAUAUUUGGUAUUUAAUAAUUUAGGAAUUAUAAAUUUUUUAAUUCAACUAGCUAAAAUUUGGUUAUUUUAUGGAAAUACCUCAUAUAAAGAUAUUGAAUUUAGUAAUAUAACAAUUAUAAAUCAUAUAUUAUUUGGAAAAUUUUAUAAAAAUUUUGAAAAAUUUGAAAAUUAUUUUAAUUCUGUUUUAAAUAAAAUUUCAUUAAAUUUUAAUAUUAACAACAAGUUUGGAGAUUUGAAUUAUCAAUUAAAUCAAUUUGGUAUAAAUUAUUCUAUACCAAUUGAUUCUAAUUAUUCAAUUAAUUAUGAAUUAGUAGUUUCACAAAUUUUAAAUUUUAUAAAACCAAUUUUGAAAUUGCUAUCAUCAUUAUUGAAUUCAAAUACUACACCCAACUCAAACUCAAAUUCUAAAAAAUUGAAUAAAAAAAUAAGAAAACAAACUUCAUCUACUUCAUUUGCUUCAUUAACUUCAAGAUCAAAUUCAAGUACUAAAUCUUCAUCAUCGAUAUCUUCUGAAUUUUCACCUCAACAACAACAUCAACAACAACAUCAACAUCAUAAUAAUCAAAAUCAACAAUUUCUUUCUCCACAAUCUAUUUUUAGUACUGGUUCACCACCAAUACAAUUUCCAAAUGAUGAAAUAAAUUUAAUGAAAAUUCCAAAAUAUAGAAUAAGUAGUACACCUCCACCUCAACCUUCUUCAAAAAUUGAUGAUUUGAAUUUAUCAUAUUCUACUGGAAAUCAUAUACCUAAUAAUAACAACAAUAAGAAAAGAAGUAAAUCAAAUGGUGAUUAUGAUUUAACAUCUCAAAUAAUGAAAUUUAGACAACAUCAAGCUCAAAAUCAAGCUCAAAAUCUAAUGUUAUCUAAUCAUCAAACAAAUCUUGAACAAGCAUUUAUGAUGCAACCACAAUCACAACAACAGCAGCAUCAUCAUCAUCAACAUCAACAACCUCAACAAUAUGAAAAUUCACAUUAUACAAUAAGUCCAACUCAACAAAACUUUCCUCACAAUCAAUUAAAUCAACAAUAUUAUCAAGAUCAACCUCACCAAAGAAUAAAAUCAAAUACAUCAUCAAGAAACCCAUCAGGUUCAAAUUAUAAUUAUGAUCAACAACUAAAUCGACUGGAAAAUUAUAGACAUUAUAGUAAUAGUAACAACAAUCAUAAUGCAAGUCAAAAUAAUGGAUAUAAAGUAAAUAAUAAAGAUUAUAGAGAUUCAACUAAUGGUUACAAGGUAAAUUCAAAAUCGAUGAAAAAUGUUCAAAAUCAAAUUAAUAGAUCUAGCAACAAUAAUAAUAAUGAAUUACCUGCUGUUCCUACUCCAUCAAUGGUAUUACAAUAA